CUCUUUUCCGCCGAGAUGUAAAUUGGGUUCCUUUCCGUGAGUGGACACAGCCUAGCCACAUGAUCAUGGAGAAGGACUCUGGCCUCCCUCCUUUCCUGGAUCCAGGCGAUGUGAGCUGGAUAGAUUGGGCUAGGAAUACAUUGGCAUCAUCCUCCUGGCCAGGGUACACACACUAUCCCCUCUUCAGCCUCAGCACUGUUCUUCCUGCUGCAGUGGCACCCCAGAAUUCAGUCAGGCUUCAGAGGCAACUGUCUGGAGGAGUGUCAGAGAUCAGGAUGGAACAGGGCAGAUGGAGGAUCACCCUGGAUGUUAAUCACUUCUCACCAGAGGAGAUAUCAAUCAAAACCAAGGGGGGCUUCCUGGAGAUUGCAGGUCAACAUGAUGAAAGGGAAGACGAACAUGGAUCAGUCUCAAGGUGCUUUAUAAGGAAAAACAAGCUGCCCCCUGGUGUGGACUUGCAGCACAUCAGCUCAUCUCUGUCUGGUGAAGGGGUUCUCUUAGUAGAAGCACCUCUACCAGGCUCAGCUACCACCAUCCUCCCCAGUGACAUGGUCAUCCCCAUUCAGAUCAAGCAUGAGCAUGAGGGGAAAGAGUGAAUCCAGUUGUCCAGAUGUUGAGAUCCAUCACAAUUAGAUAUAAAUCUUGGGGUAAAGCUUAGAAGUGAAUGACAGUGUUGACAACUUUUGACAAAAAUGUGAUUGUGUAUUAGGUCUUGGUCAUUCAAAAUGACAAACAUAGUGGCUUCUAUUGCUGUUAAAACCCUAUAACUUAAUUUACUCUCAUUGUAACCACAAGGUUGUCAGGUUUUUCUAUGCAUGUUGGUUAAUCAUGUCCCAUGAUUUAACUAGCAAAACCAAGAUAAACAGAAAUCAUCAACACUGAUGAAAUGUACUUUCUCAUUUGUCAAAUGAUAGGUUAAUUGGGAGUAAAAAUGACCAUGCGUAGGGCUAGGCAUCCU